AUGAGGCUUUGCUCCAGCGCGAGAGAUCUAGCCGACGCGCGGCGAAUCCACGCCGGGAUCGUGAGAGCGGGGCUGGGGUCCGACAAGCGCGUCGUCGAUCAGCUCAUCCAGAUGUAUGGCAGCGUGGGGAGCGCGGCCGAUGCCCGGGCGGUGUUUGAGGGAUUUGCCGCCGCUAGCACUGAGCCGCCGGAUGCCUUCCUCUGGACCGCGAUCAUCACGGCCUUCUCCAGGAAUGGUGACCCGAUCGCCGCGAGGGCGAUGUUUGAUCGAAUGCCAGAGCCCAAGCAUCCAGUCCCCACGAACGCGAUGCUUGCUGCCUAUGCCAAGAACGCCCUUCUGGAGGAUCUCUCGCAAUUCUUCUCCUGGAUGCGCGAUCGCAGCAUCUUCACCUGGAACACGAUCCUUGCAGCGUACGCGGGCAGCCUCGCGAUCGAAGCAAUGGAGCUCGUCUUCACGAAGAUCCCCGAGAGGAAUGUGAUCUCUUGGAACACGAUCGUGACUGCCUAUGCCGAGGCUAGGGAUCCAAGACGCGCCAAGAACGCUUUCGAUACUACCCCGGAGAGGAGCAUCGUCUCCUGGAACGCGAUCGCCGAGGCAUUCGCCGUGAAUUCCGACACCGAUGCCGCGAUCCAGGCAUUUGAUCGAAUGCCGCAGCACAAUCGCGUCUCCUGGACCGCGACCUUCUUGGCUCGCGCCGAUCACCGCCCGCUGGAAGAGAUCAAACACCUCUUCGAUCGAAUCCCCGUGAGAGAGCCCGGGACAUGGACAGUGAUCGUCGUCCGCUGCUCGAAAUCCUCGCAGCCCACAGCAGCGCUGGAGCUCCUGGAUCGAAUGCCGCAGUGGAACAUCGUGUCACUCAACGCAGCGCUCCACUCGCGGUCGAUGGGCGAUCUGGAAUCCGCGAUGGCGAUGUUCUCGCAGCUUCCGGAGAGGGAUUCCAUCACCUGGAACGUGAUGCUCAACGCGUUCGCGCGAUUGGGCUUCUUGGAUCGAGCGCGCGAGACCUUCGAUCGGAUGCCCCAGUGGCACCUCGCGUGCUUCAAUUCUCUCUGUCACGGCCUCCUUGGCAGCGAUCCGCGAUCGAUCAAGGAGAUCUUUGACUCCUCUCCCGAGCACAACGUAGUCUCCGCGACAACGAUGAUCGUAGCGUAUGCCCAAACCGGGCAUCUUGGCGAGGCCGAGGCGCUCUUCGAUUCGAUGCCGCAGCGCACGGUCGUCACCUGGAACGCGAUGAUCACGGCCUACGCGAGGAAUUCGUGCCUCCGCGACGCCAAGGUCGCCUUCGAUCGGAUGCCCCAGUGGAGCGUCGUGUCGUGGAGCUCCAUCGUGGGGGCGCUGGCCAAGAACACGCGCGUGGGCGAGGCCAAGGCGGCGUUCGACGCCAUGGCGGAGAGGAACGCCGCCGCCUGGAACACGAUGAUCGCGGCCUACGCGCAGUCGAGCCAGCUUGAAUCGGCCAUGGCGCUCUUCGACGCGAUGAAGCUCGAGGGGAUCCAGCCGGACGCGAACACGUUCACGGUGGUGCUGGGGGGAUGCGCGGCGGCGGGGGCGGUGGCGGAGGUGUGGCGGAACUGGGCGCUGCUGGCGGAGUUUGGGGUGGCGGCGAUUCGGGAGCACUACAGCUGCGCGGUGGAUGUUCUCGGGCGCGCGGGGAUGCUGGAGGAGUCGGAGGAGGUGCUGGCGGCGAUGCCAUUCGUGCCCGACGAUGUGGCGCUGGGGACGCUGCUGGGGGCGUGCUGGACGCAGAGUGAUGUGAGGCGAGGGGAGAGUGUGGGGGGUCUGGUGCUGGAGAUGGAGCAGCACAGCCCAUCCAGGUACGUGCUCCUGGCAAACCUCCUGGCCACCGAGACCGUUGACCGGACCGUUGACGUUCUAUGA